CACACAUUUUUUUCUAUUCUAUUCUUAUUUUUAUAGUAUAACUAAUAGUUAAAUUGUUUGGGCGAGAUUAGUUAUUACAGAGGAGGGCGCUAAAUCAAAUAAGUAACCAACAGCAGAGCUGGAACGGCUUACAGUUUUCUUAAACCUUUCACCGUGUGCUAUUGAAAUGCAAGUUCAUCAGCUUGCAUGCAAAUGUCUUCUAGUAAGCUUGUGUUUACUAACCAGUUCUUCACGUAGGCUUAAUGUAAGAGCCUGUAAUGGAUACCACCUUUAGGCUUUGAAGCGCGCGGAGGUAUCACAUAUUUGUUUGUUCGUUUCUUUUGUUGUUGUUGUUGUUGUUGUUGUUUUUGCUUGUUUUUUUUGUAUACGUAGCACUUAAACGAGAGCUUCCCCUCAUCUUAACUAUCUCAGUUUUUCACUCAUUCACUCACUCAUCCUGCACUCACUCCUUUGCAGGUUUUAAACCAGCAUCCAAACUACCCAAAAAUCAGAAAAGAAAUCCUGGACAAAGCACGGCAAGCGUUGAGGGCCUGACUCGUUUGAUUGCUAUGUAGCCAAGACGCUGGACGUUUUGUCGUUAAAUUGUUUAUAUAGACUGGACUUAUACACAUACACUUAAAUUAAGAAAACGUCUUGCUAUUUCGUACAACAGGCACGGUCUCGAUUAAUUCAAUGCCCAAUUUCUCCUUAUAUCAUGUCUUUCAAGGGUGAAAAAUGCGAAAACGUAAUCGGCUGGUUAUAAGCAAAGCGCGUUCUAAUCCAUUGCUUUGCCUGGGCCGAGUUGGUGAAGAGGCUCCAGUUGUUCAAAAAGCUGGUAGAUAGCGCUAUCCAAAGGAUAAAUCAAUAUCCAGUGGGUUAGCAUUAAGAAAACUGAUUGAGUUAUCCACUGGAAUUUAUCCGGCUAUCCACUUUUUUCAACCACUUGGGCCAGAUGAUAAGCGCAAAACCAGUCUUAGUUACCGUGACAACCCAACUCUCGUUUGCAGUUAAAAACUAGACAUCGUUUACUAUGACCAGUGUAAUGAUGGCUCCACGUGGAGACUAUAAAACACUUAUACACGCUUUCGUUUGUAAAACGAAGCGCGCGGGGAGCGCUAGACCGCAAAACAGUCGGUUCUUUCCUCAAAAUCAGUUUUUCAAGGCACCCGCAUGAGAUUUUCGCGAAAUGCGCGCGAGCCUACACGCCAGUGAGGCGUGUAAGGUGAGAGAAUAAGAUAAAACGUAUUUUUUCAGUCUCUCCCAGUCUCACACUUUGUUUUGACUCCGCUCCAUGACUUUG